CUAAACAUGAUAUGAACAAAUUAAUUUUCCUAAUGAAAAUUUUAUGUUCAUAUUAGCAGUAUCACCAUAUGUCUGUGCAACUUCAUCGCACGAUUCAAACUUUUGCAAGUUCUAUCAUACGAAAACCAAAAUGUUCUUUAAUUGACAAAAAUAAAAAACUGAAUGAGUUGUCAAAACUGGGUCAAACAGAUGAAGCACGAAAGUUGUUUGAUAAAAUGCCUGAGAGAGACGAAUUUACAUGGACUACAAUGGUUGCGGCAUAUGCCAAUAGAGGGAGGCUUGUUGAAGCAAGGCAAGUGUUCCAGGAGGUCCCAACUAAGAGUUCAAUUACUUGGUCUUCUCUUAUUUGUGGAUACUGUAAGCAUGGUUUUGAAAUUGAAGGAUUUGAAUUGUUUUGGCAAAUGCAAAGUGAGGGACAUAUGCCUAGUCAGUUUACAUUGGGAAGUAUUUUGAGAAUGUGUGCGAUAAAGGGUUUGCUUUCGAGAGGUGAACAGAUACAUGGAUAUGCUAUUAAGACUUGUUUUGAUAUGAAUGUUUUUGUAAUGACUGGACUUAUUGAUAUGUAUGCGAAGUCUAAGCGUGUCUUGGAGGCUGAGUGUAUUUUCCAAAUAAUGUCUCAUGGGAAAAAUCAUGUUACUUGGACUGCUAUGAUUAAUGGUUAUUCUCAAAAUGGUGAUGCAUUAAGAGCAAUUCAGUGUUUUAGCAGCAUGCGUGCAGAAGGGAUUGAGGCAAACCAGUAUACAUUUCCAGGUGUUUUGAGUUCAUGUGCUGCACUCUCUGAUAUUAGAUUUGGGAUGCAGGUACAUGGUUGUAUUGUUAACGGUGGUUUUGAGGCCAACGUGUUUGUUCAAAGCUCGUUAAUCGACAUGUAUUGUAAAUGUGAGGAUUUGCACAGUGCUAAGAAAGCAUUGAAACAGAUGGAGAUAAAUCAUGCAGUUUCUUGGAAUUCCAUGAUACUUGGGUAUGUGAGGAAUGGAUUACCAGUGGAGGCACUGUCUCUGUUUAAAAAGAUGCAUGCUAGUGAUAUGGAAGUGGAUGAGUUUACUUACCCUUCGGUUCUGAAUUCCCUUGCUUGUAUGCAGGAUACCAAAAAUGGGAUAUGUCUUCACUGCUUGGUUGUUAAAACUGGAUAUGAGAGCUACAAGCUUGUAAGCAAUGCACUUAUUGAUAUGUAUGCCAAACAGGAAGACCUAGCUUGUGCGAUUAAUGUUUUCAACAGCAUGGUUGAGAAGGAUGUAAUCUCAUGGACAUCACUUGUCACUGGUUGUGCUCACAAUGGCUUUUAUGAAGAAGCUCUGAAAUUAUUCUAUGAGAUGAGAAUGGCUGAAACUAAACCAGACCAAAUUAUCAUUGCUAGUGUUCUAAGUUCUUGCUCAGAGUUGGCACUACUUAAACUUGGGCAGCAAGUUCAUGCGGAUUUUAUUAAAUCUGGCCUUGAGGCAUCAUUAUCAGUUGAUAAUUCUCUUAUGACAAUGUAUGCCAAUUGUGGGUGCCUUGAAGAUGCCAAAAAAGUAUUUAACUCAAUGCAAAUGCAUAAUGUGAUCAGUUGGACUGCUCUCAUAGUGGCUUAUGCCCAGAAUGGCAAAGGAAAGGAGUCCCUGAGAUUUUAUGACGAGAUGAUUGCAAGUGGAAUAGAACCUGACUUUAUUACAUUUAUAGGACUAUUGUUUGCCUGCAGCCAUACAGGUCUCGUUGACGAUGGAAAGAAGUACUUCGCUUCAAUGAAGAAAGAUUAUGGCAUAAGACCAAGCCCUGAUCACUAUGCAUGCAUGAUUGAUCUUUUGGGCCGUGCGGGGAAAAUACAGGAGGCUGAGAAGUUAGUUAAUGAAAUGGAUAUUGAACCUGAUGCUACUGUGUGGAAAGCGUUGCUUGCUGCAUGUAGAGUACAUGGGAACACAGAUCUAGCAGAGAAAGCUUCAAUGGCCCUCUUUCAGCUGGAACCACAAGAUGCUGUUCCGUAUGUUAUGUUGUCAAAUAUCUAUUCUGCUGCUGGAAAAUGGGAAAAUGCAGCAAAACUUAGAAGAAAAAUGAAUUUGAAGGGUUUAAACAAAGAGCCUGGUUAUAGUUGGAUUGAGAUGAAUGGAGUGGUGCACACAUUUAUAUCUGAGGAAAGAAGUCAUACAAAGAGUGAUGAAAUUUACUCAAAACUUGAGGAUGUUAUUGCAUUGAUAAAGGAAGCUGGAUAUGUGGCAGACACAAAUUUUUCUCUGCAUGAUAUCAAUGAAGAAGGAAGGGAACGAAGUCUUUCUUAUCACAGUGAGAAGUUGGCUAUUUCAUUUGGGCUUCUUUAUGUGCCAAAAGGAGUACCAAUUCGGAUUUACAAGAACCUUCGUGUAUGUGGCGACUGCCACAAUGCAAUGAAAUUUGUGUCAAGAGUUUUUGAUCGACAUAUUAUUUUGCGAGAUUCAAAUUGUUUUCAUCAUUUUAAGGAAGGGAUAUGUUCUUGUGGGGAUUAUUGGUAGAAAACACUCCUUUAAUUUUUUGUGGCUCCUGUUUCCUUUGAGCUUGGAAAGAUCAAAACAUUCAAUUUCAUGGAUUGGGUUUGCAGCUCAUCACAAGGUUUACAGUUCACAUCUGUAUAUUACUAACUGCUAACAAUGCAAAUCAUUUAUUGGAAAAUGGAAAUUAAAAGUUAAAAGUUUUAUGCAGCUCAAUGUGAAUGAUAAGAGUUAUUGGAAUUGAUUGCUCUCUGAGGCUUAUACGAGAGUUGAUUCCCUAGUCCUUAUUCCACAGCACUCUCCCAUGGCAGGCACCAAUUGCCACUCCCCGGCAUCAGGGAGAUAACUGGUCCUCAUUUUGAGAAAUAUUUUUGUCUCCGUGAAGGCAGGGUCUUAUGAUCCUGAAGAAAGCUACGUUCUACAUGAUCAUUUGAUGAGUUUUCCUACACAGGCUCUUCUAAUUUACUGAUUCUCCUGAAAGUAGAGUCCUGUAGUGAAGCAUCUUUAUAACUCUACAGGUUCUUGCUAGCUGUUUGGUGUAAAUGAAGAAAAAAUUGAUGGAAAAUAGCAUAUAUUGAACAAUGGUUUUGAUGAGAGAAGAAAUAUAAGCUGGUAGUGGUAAAUGGAUGAAAUCUUCAUAAGAUUGAGGAACUUGUAGCUAUCCCACCGCCAGUCCUCUGUUUCUCUGUUGCAAGCAUAAGGUUGUAUGGACCAGAAGAAAAGCACAUGUUAUUGAAUAAAGUUUGUUCAUCAUCCCAAGUCCUCUAUAACAUCAGAGCCCUUACAUUGAAGUCAAUGAACCUUUCCUAUUAUGGGUGCAAGCAUGGUGUGCCAUUACUACACACAUUUCUUGGAACCAUCCCCUACAGAAUGGAUGAAACAAAACACAAAAAAGCUGAUAAUGUUCUCGAUGAAGGCAGGAAUUAGCGAUCAGGAUCUCCAACGAGACUAUGGGACAGGUUUGAAAGGCACAUUCUCUUUUGUUUGAUACGGGAUACUCAACUUGUUGCUUGGCAAGAAAUUUUUAAAUAGGUAACCACAAAAAAAAAAAACAAGUCAAUAGAAAAAAACAAGCCAAUUGAUAGAUUAAUUAGAAUGUCAUAAUGUCGUUGUUGUGAUGGUUAUAUCUGUGAUGGCUCAGAUCAAGUAGGUGUCUAUUGCCAAUUCACAAACCAUCUAUACCACAUGCGUAGUACAUUUUGCAGUUGUCAAUAAGUAAACAAACCUAUCUUGAUUGUCUUUAUUUAUUGAAUAGAGAUGUAAUCUCCCUGGUUCAAAUUAGCUGUGAUCACAGGACCACAAAGUUGUACUUAUUUAGGUGCUGAUUUUUAUAAAAGAAAAAAUUGUACUUCAUG